UUUCAAACUUCCUAGUUUCAUGUAAAUUUAAAGAACGUUUUAAAGUUAAAUUGAGUGUGAAGAUAAUCGUUAGAUCAUAUCUUUUUCAUUUUGAUAGCUUUUAAAGUCAGGGUACUGAAUAUGAAAAGUAUUAACUUUAUGAUGGAUUUUACUGUAAUAACUGUGUUACUUAUGUACUCGUGCUUGUCUGCAGUUGCUGGUCAAGAAAUAUUAGCUUGUGAUAGUGGCAAAUGGGGAUCAAAUUGCACGAGCACUUGCCCCGAUUUAUGCUCAUCUUAUGGAUGCGACAGAGCGACUGGCUUUUGCUAUAGAUGUGUGAACGGUUUCCAAGGAAAAUACUGCGACAUACCAUGUCAUUUCCAAUGUCCGUCUUGUGACCAAUACGACGGAAAAUGUCCAAAUUGCUAUUCCGGCUGGUAUGGGGAUUUCUGUGACAAAAAGUGUGGCGUUAAUUGUGUCAGUUGUACUAAGUCUACCGGGAGUUGUAACUCGUGUAAUUCAGGUUGGCAUGGAGAUUCAUGUGAGUUAGCUUGUCCAAUUAAUUGUAAAAGCUGCCAAAAAUUAACCGGCCAAUGUUUGUCUUGUGAAGAUGGCUGGUAUGGAAACGAGUGUGAAUUACCUUGCUUGUCCGGGCCAGGUUGUGCAAGAAGCUACUGCACGAAGUCAACUGGCGAUUGUGGUUCUUGUAAAACCGGAUGGUAUGGAACGAAAUGCGAGCAACAAUGUCGGAACUGUUUCGGUGCUUGUUCUAAAAGUUCUGGCUCAUGUACUUACUGCGUUUCAGGAUUUUGGGAUGCAACUUGUUCACAGAAAUGUACAGGAACGUGUGAAAUGUGUAAUAAAUCAGACGGAAAAUGUUUGCUUUGCCCGGACAGAUAUUGGGGGCCUAGUUGUUCUAGACUCUGUAGCUCAGAAAAUUGCGACAGAUGUGAUGUUAAUACAGGAAUAUGCAAAAAAUGUAAAACAGGAUACUGGGGUAAGGCCUGUGAGACGCAAUGCAAUACUUGUCCUGACAACAGGUGUGAUAUUUCAUCCGGCCUAUGCGAAAACUGCCAGGACGGAUAUGCAGGGGAAUAUUGCAACAUACAUUGUAACACAUCUAGAUGUU